AUGCCGGCGCAGUCUCGUUCAGAUCCAUCAUUGCCAACAAUUCGUCAUAAUAUGAACGAGCCCAAUUACUUCAAUGUUCCUCAUGGAAUGACUGCGUCUCCUUCCUUCGCCGCCGCGGCGUUCACGGCAUCCAAACCAAAAUAUGAAAACCUAAUGAAACACCAUCCGAGCCUUCCUUCAAUGCCGGAGGAUAUGCUCUCGUCUCCUCUGACUUUGAAUGUUGCUACGCCUCGACCAACCUAUCGACAAUCUUUAUCAUCCUCUAGUUUCGGCGUUGACCCUCCACGGCCUCCUCGUGACGGGUUCGAGUAG